UAAGAGUUCAUAGGCUCGUGGGCCGCCAUCCUCCCCGCCUGAGUGCCGCUUUUCUCUCCCUGCUUGACGUGACUCUCCGCUCCCCGGCCCCUGCCGCGCCCCUUCCUCCCCUGGCGGCUGACUCCCCUUUCAGAGGCGUGGGCGGCAGAAGACAGCAGGUGCGCCCCUCGUCCCUCCCUGCCGGUGCUGGAGGAUGGAAUAACAAGAGACCAACGGAGGAACAAAACAACCAGGAAAAAACUGACCACUGAGAAACAAACCACCACCACCGCCACCACCAACAACCUCUGUCUCACUACCAGCCAGCCACGUCCUCCUUCCACCACACAACAUGCGCACCAACAGCAAAACUCGCGUGGUGGGCCAGCGCGUGGAGCUGGUCCCGUAUCGCAGCGUCCACGUCGAGCGCUACCACCAGUGGAUGUCCAGCGACGAACUCCGCUCGCUCACCGCCUCUCUCUCGCUCACACUCGAGGAGGAACACCGAAUGCAGGAGGCGUGGAUGUCCGACGACGACAAAUGCACGUUCAUCAUCCUCGACCGGGCGCUCUUAGCCAGCCGGGGGUCAGAAACGGAGGCCAUGAUAGGAGACACAAACCUCUUUCUCACCGACCCCGAGGACAGAAAUCUGGCCGAGGCGGAAAUCAUGAUCGCAGAACCGGCUUUUCGAGGCGAGCGCCGAGGCUGGGAGGCCAUGCUGCUGAUGCUACGGUACGGCCUCGAGUACCUUGGGGUCACGCGCUACCAGGCGAAGAUCGGCGAGGGGAACACUCCGAGUAUCAACAUGUUCACAAAAAUGCACUUCUGUGAGGUUGGCCGCUCGGAGGUUUUUCAGGAGGUGACGCUGGAGGUUGUUGUUGAUGAGUCUUGGAGGAAUUGGUUGAGGGACAAUACGCCGGUCUUCCAGUGCCUGCCCUACACCCCUCCGGACGAAUAGGCU